AUGGAGUUAAUGAGGCGUAGCGACCCGAUUCCGCAUCCACUCGAUCUGGAAAGAAUUGAACAUAGUCCUGAUGAUGUGGCUUUGUCGUAUACAACUUCAACAUGCCUUUUUUUUCAAUCAACGCUUGGCGCUUGUCUUGGAUUUUCUCUCUUCACAAUCGUAGUAGUGGCCGUUGGCACUAUUAUCAUUUGUUUCACAGUGCCAAAACAACAAAGUGGAUCAUGUCAACGUGUUUUUAAAACAACUGUCUUAUACUCAACCGACCAAAAUUCAUAUCCGCGAUCAGUUGCCAUUGGCAACUUAAACAAUGACACUCAAUUAGAUAUUGUUGUAGCCAAUACUGGUACAAACACUGUUGGCAUUUUUCUCGGAUAUGAAAACGGAACGUUUCAACCGCAAACGACCUAUUCAACCGGCUUUCUAUCUCAACCAUAUUCCGUGGCGUUAGGUGAUUUUGACAAUGAUAAUCAACUAGAUGUCGUCGUCGCCAACCGUGGUACUAACAGUAUCGGUAUACUGGGUGGAUAUGGUAAUGGAACUUUUAAAAAAGUCCUCGUCUAUUCACUUGGCUCAUCGCGACCAGUGUCGGUUACCGUUGCUGAUUUGAAUAACGACAAGUGCCUUGAUAUAAUUGUCACAAACUAUGAGAUCAGCAACAUAGACAUUUUAUUUGGAUACGGCGACACAACCUUUUCUGCCCAAAAUACAUAUUCGGCAGGUUACGACUCCCUUCCCACUUCUGUCGUUGUUGCCGAUUUGAACAAAGACAGUCAAUUGGAUCUUAUUGUCUCAAACUCGGGUACUAGCAAUGUAGCUGUGUUUCUGGGAUAUGGUAACGGAUCGUUCUCCCUCCCAGGAAUAUAUUCAACUGGAAUUGGUUCACAACCAUUUAUAGUCGCUGUUGGCGACUUGAAUGGUGACAAGCGACUUGAUAUUGUAGUUACAAAUUACGGGACUUCCACUAUAGGUGCACUUCUUGGCUAUGGUAAUGGCACAUUCGCAAAAAUAGAGGUAUCUUUCAUUGAUUCUGAAUUUCGUCCUUAUUCUAUGGUCAUUGGGGAUUUCAAUAACGACAACACAUUGGAUGUGGCCGUAACCAAUCCUGAAAAUGACACUAUUGUUGUGCUUAAUGGAUUAGGCAACGGAACAUUUGCAAGCGAAGAAAAAUAUUUCACUGGCUUUGACUCUAGUCCAGUCUCUAUUGUUGUUGGUGACUUUAACAAUGAUAACCUAUUAGAUCUUGCCACAGCCAAUAAUGGCACUAACAAUGUGGCAGUAUUUCUUAGAUAUACUAUUAAAAUGUUUUCAAAUCAAACAAUAUAUUCAACUGGUUAUAAUUCUGAACCCCGUUGGGUAGCUCAGGGUGAUUUUAACAAUGAUAGUUUUCUUGAUAUUGCUGUUGCCACUAUUCAAACUCAUGUAAGCAUAUUUCUUGGAUAUGGCAACGGCACUUUUACGGAACAAAUUGCAAUUUCAGAAGGAACUGGUUCUCGUCCUUACUCAAUUGCCGUAGGUGACUUUAACAACGAUAGUCUGUCCGAUCUUGCUAUCGCCAAUUCCGGUACAAACAAUGUAGCCGUACUUUUCGGAUAUGGCAAUGGAACCUUUGGAAGGCGUGCAAUAUUUUCGACUGGUCCUCAUUCUAAUCCUUACUCGGUCGCUCUGGGUGACUUUAACAACGAUAGUUUCCUUGAUAUCGCUGUUGCUAAUCAUGGCACUGGCAACGUCGGCAUACUCCUCGGAUAUGGAAAUGUAAGUUUUGCAGCUCAAAGGACAUUUUCAACUGGGAAUAAUUCAUAUCCAGGUUCAGUUGCCCUAGGCGAUUUUAAUAACGAUAGCAUUCUUGAUAUCGCUGUUACUAAUUCCGGUACUAAUAAUGUAGGCAUACUUCUCGGAUAUCACAAUGGAACUUUUGGAAAUCAGAUAUCAUUGACAACUGGAGAAAACUCCAACCCUUCUUCAGUCAUCGUAACAGAUUUAAGCAAUGAUAGUAUGCUCGACAUCGUUGUCACCACUCUUCUGAGUAACAACGUAGGCGUAUUUCUUGGAUAUGCCAACGGAAGCUUUCAGAAACUGAUGACAUUUUUCAUUGGAUCUGGUUCUGCUCCGACAUCACUCACAACUGGCGAUUUCAAUAACGAUGAUAUAAUCGACAUUGCAGUGACUAAUUAUGGCGACAAUAGUGUAUGUCUACUUUUUGGGUAUGGCAAUGGAACUUUUGGAAUGCUAACAACUUAUUCAACAGGUGAUGGUUCUUCUCCAACAUCGAUUGCAGCUGGUCACUUUAAUCGCGAUAGUUGGCUGGAUUUUGUAGUUACUAAUGUUCGUGAAGGGGAUGUUGGCGUAUUUCUCGGACUUGAAAACAUAUAUGGAGCUAGCCAAUCAACAUAUUCAACUGGCUCUGGUUCGCAUCCAUAUAGUGUUGUAGUUAGUGACUUCAACAACGACAGCGUACCUGAUUUGAUGAUUGUCAAUUCGGCACAUGAUAAUGUUGGUAUUCGUCUAGGAGAUGGAAAUGGGACUUUCGGCGAUGAAAUUCCUUAUUCUAUGGGAAUCGGUUCGUAUCCGCUAUACGCUACCGUAGGAGAUUUCAAUAGGGACAAUCAAGUGGAUAUCGCCGUCGUGAAUAGCAUGAAUGACAGUGUGACUGUUAGUUACGGAUGUGGUAAUGGAACUUUCGCAAGACCCGAAAUAUAUUCUACCGGGCAAGGUUCCCGUCCGUACUUUGUUGCUGUUAGUGACCUCAACAACGACAAUCGAAUGGACCUUAUCGUCGCAAAUGAGAAUAUUGGUACGAUUGGCAUUUUUCUCUCUUACGACUAUGCAACAUUUAAAAUACAAGGUUUAUCUUCAACUGGAACCCUAUCAUAUCCUCAAUCGGUGGCCAUCGGUGACUUCAACAAUGAUAGCUUGCUAGAUGCUGCCGUCGCCAAUUAUGGUACUAGUAAUAUUGGCAUAUUUCUUGGUAUUGGUAAUGGAUCGUUUACAGCACAAAGGAAGCUUUCAACUGGAACUGGCUCUGGUCCUUACACCGUAGCUGUAAAUGACUUUAAUCAAGACAGUCGACUUGACAUCGCUGUUGGCAAUACCGGUACUAAUAAUGUAGGCAUAUUUCUCGGAUAUGGUAAUGGAACGUUUACAGAACAAACGAUAUUUUCAAUUAGAGGUGGUUCCAAUCCUCGCUCGAUCGCUGUAAGUGACUUUAAUAAAGAUAAUCUGCUCGAUAUUGCUGUCGCUGAUUCCGCUAAUAGUAAAAUAAUCAUACUUUUCGGAUAUGGCAAUGGAACCUUCAGAUAUAAUAUUUCAUUGGCAACUGGAACAAAAUCUAGUCCUCACUCGAUCGUUGUAUGCGACUUUAACAAUGAUAGUUUGCCUGAUAUCGCUGUUGCCAAUAGUCUUACUGGCAAUGUAGGUAUAUUUCUUGGACAUGGUAAUGGAAGUUUUUCAGCUGAAGUGACAUUUUCUACUGGCUAUAAUUCUCUUCCUAAAUCGAUCACUGUAAGCGACUUUAACAAUGAUAGUUUUCUCGAUAUUGCUGUCGCCAACAAUCUUGGUAACAAUAUUGGCAUAUUUCUUGGAUACGGCAAUGGAACUUUUGCGCCUCAAAUCGUAUAUUCAACGGGAAAUGGUUCCAUUCCGGCAAUGCUUAUCGUCGGUGACUUAAAUAACGACAAUAGAGUGGAUAUUGCUGUUGCCAAUAAUGGUGCUAAUAAUGUGGGUGUCUUCUAUGGAUAUGGGGAUGGACGUUUUACUGAUCAAAUCUUAUUUUCAACCGGAAGUGGUUCUCAACCGGAUGCGAUUGCCGUUGGAGAUUUCAACAAUGACAAUCGAUUGGAUAUUCUGGUGGUCAACAAUUUAGAUGGCAGCAUUAUGGUACUUCUUCGAGAUAGUAGUCAACCAUUUCUAACCCUGACAACAUACUCAACUGGCAAUCGUUCCCAUCCACAAUCUAUGGUUAUUGCUGACAUAAACAAGGAUUAUUGCCCAGAUAUUAUCGUUGCCAACUCCGGUAACGAUAAUAUUGGUAUAUUGCUUGGGUCUGAUAAUGGCACUUUUAUGACGCAAACAGCAUAUACAACUGGAAAUGGCUCCCAACCAUGCUCAGUCGCCGUUGGUGACUUCAAUAAUGACAGUCUGCUAGACAUUGCCAUUGCGAAUGCUGGUACGAAUAAUGUGGGUAUACUUUUCGGAUUUGGCAAUGGAACGUUUUCUACUGUAAUGGUAUAUUCGAUUGACAAUUCUUUGACUCCAUCCUCGAUAGUUGUGGCUGACUUCAACAAAGAUAAUUACCUUGAUGUCAGUGUCAUCAAUUCUGGCUCUCAAAAUGUAUUUCUAUUAUUUGGAAAUGGUAACGGAACUUUUAGAAAUUCACAGUCCUAUUCACUGGGCUAUGGUUUUCUUGCAUAUUCGAUGACUGUCGGCGAUUUGAACAAAGACAGUUGGAUCGAUAUUGUGGUAGCAAAUUACGCCACUGAUAGCGUGGAUAUUCUUUUUCAGACAUGUAGUUAA